CGCUUGUUAGUUUGUACGUACAACAUGAUAGUCGUAUAAAUAUAUAUAGAUUAUAUUGCUACCUUUCCAAACCAUCGCUACAUCUUUUCAACAUAAGUGUCCUUACUAAUUUUUAGAGUGUAAGAGCGACUUUAAUUUCCAUGCUCCCGGAACAAAGGAACAAGCCGCACGCGGUGUGCAUACCAGCCCCAUUACAAGGCCACAUUAAUCCGAUGCUAAAAGUUGCCAAAAUUCUGCAUUCAAAAGGCUUCGAUAUCACCUUUGUCAAUACUGAAUUUAACCAUCGCCGUCUCCUUAAAUCUGUCGGCUUUAACACCUUACAUGGCCUCCCUUCCUUUCGCUUCGAAACCAUUCCUGAUGGUCUUCCAUCGCCCGAAAACGAAGAUGUCACCCAAGAUAUUUCACCAACACUUAAGUCCCUCCAUGAAUCCGGGUUGGGUCCAUUUAAAAGUAUCCUUGCCAAAGUGAGUGCUUCUUAUUCACCGGUGACUUGCAUAGUAGCAGACUUCCUUAUGGGUUUCACCCUCCCUGCUGCCCAGGAAUUGGGCAUUCCCGGGAUUCUCUUUUGGGCCGCGGGUUUGGCUUCUCUUAUAUGUUAUGAUCAAUACCCGAAUCUUAUUGAAAAAGGUUUGAUGCCUCUUAAAGAUCCGAGUUAUUUACACAACGGGUAUUUGGAUAAAGUCAUAGAUUUUAUUCCAACUAUGUCUGGAAUACGUCUAAAGGAUAUUCCACCAUUUAUUAGAAUCAUCAACCCUGGUGACGAAUUUAGGGUUGGAUUUGCAUCUAGGGAGUUGGCAAGAGCAAAAACAGCUUCUGGCAUUAUUUUCAACACUUUUGAUGAACUAGAUCAUGACGUUUUGGAUACGCUCUCUUCAAUGCUGCCUUCCUGCUAUGGAAUAGGUCCUUUGAACCUAGUGGAGAAUUAUAUUGUUGAUAAAUCCCUAGAUUCCAUCAAAUUAAAUUUGUGGAAAGAGGAGCCAGAAUGUUUAAAUUGGUUAAAUGCUAAAGAGUCCCUGUCAGUUAUUUACGUGAAUUUUGGUAGCAUAACAGUAAUGACACCUCAACAACUAAUCGAGUUUUCUUGGGGACUUGCAAAGAGUAAUCAUUCAUUUUUGUGGAUAGUACGAUCCGACCUUGUGAUAAGUGAUUCAGCUGUGCUUCCACCAGAGUUUCUAAUCGAGACAAAGGGUAGAGGAUUCUUGGCAAGUUGGUGCCCGCAAGAAGAGGUUUUAAGUCACCCGUCAAUUGGAGGGUUUCUAACACAUAGUGGAUGGAAUUCAACCAUUGAAAGCAUUUCCAAUGGAGUCCCAAUGAUUUGUUGGCCAUUUUUUGCAGACCAACAACCAAAUUGUUGGUGGAGUUGCAAUAAGUGGGGGAUUGCCAUGGAGAUAGACAACAAGGUUAAGAGGGAUGAAGUUUUGAAGCUAGUUAUUGAGUUAAUGGACGGAGAAAAAGGGAAGGACUUAAGGAUGCAUGCUAUUAGUUGGAAGAACAAGGCUCAACAAUCAUGUGUUUUCCCCUUGGGUUCAUCUAUGGUUAAUCUAGAGAAGUUCAUUCAUUUUCUAAAAACAUCUCCAAAAUAAUACAAAACGUUUCAUCUAUUUGAUUUUUUGAUUUUCAUUUUUUGUAUUGCACAUUUACUUAAUAUAGGUAUUUCGGAUUGUACAUUGUUUUAGUUCAAAAUAUGAUAUGUAUCAAACUUUAAA